UGGGCAGAAAAAAUGUCCACUCGCUACCACCAAGCUGCUAGUGAUAGCUAUCUGGAACUUCUGAAAGAGGCUACCAAGAGGGAUUUGAACCUUUGUGACGAAGAUGGCAUGACUCCUACACUACUGGCAGCCUACCAUGGAAACUUGGAAGCCCUAGAAAUAAUCUGCAGCAGAGGGGGUGACCCCGAUAGAUGUGACAUCUGGGGAAACACUCCUCUACAUUGUGCAGCCUCUAAUGGUCAUGCCCAUUGUGUCUCAUUCCUGAUCAACUUUGGUGCCAACAUCUUUGCCCUGGACAAUGACUUACAGUCUCCACUCGAUGCAGCUGCCAGCAGAGAGCAGACUGAAUGCGUUGCUCUCCUGGAUAAGGCUGCCACAGCUCAGAACAUCAUGAACCCCAAGAAGGUCAUCAGGCUGAAGGAGCAGGCUCAGAAGAAUGCCAGGAGGCAUGUUAAAGAGUGUGAGAGGCUCCAGGAGAAGCAUCAAAAUAAGAUGGCCCGCACCUACAGCAAGGAGGAAUCUGGGACUCUUUCUUCUUCCAAGGGUUCUUUCUCCAGGUCAUCCCUUUCAAAUGCUUCUGCUUCUGGUACAUUUGGGUCAUUGUCUAAGGGCAUUAAAGAUAGCUUCAAGCUAAAGUUCAAGAAGAACAAAGAUACAGCAGAGCAGGUAGGGAACGAGAGCAGAAGUAGGCAGAGGAAUGUGAUGGAAGUGUUUAGAGAGGAGGCAGAAGAGGAAGAUGUAUUCUCAGGGGACUUCAAAGAGAAGCUCCAGUUCUCAGCAGAGGAGGACAGCCAUGUGCAACACGAUUCCAUUCUAAACCGCCCAGGUCUAGGAAACAUUGUUUUUAGAAAGAACAGACUAUCAAGCUCUGGAGACAUCUCAGACAGCAAGAGGGAGUUGGGGUUUAAGAUGUCCACUGAAGUGCUUCAAAGACAGGGAGCAGUAGAGGCUGACAAAGCCGAGGUUGACGAAGAAGAAGAGGAAAAAACCCAUGAAGAUGAUCUGCCUUGGGAUGAGGAUGAAGUGGAGUGGGAAGAAGAUGUGGUCGAUGCUACUCCCCUGGAAGUGUUCUUGCAGUCCCAUCACCUGGAAGAAUUCCUUCCCAUUUUCGUGAGGGAGCAGAUUGAUCUAGAAGCUCUGUUGCUUUGCUCUGAUGAGGACCUUCAGAGCAUACAAAUGCAGCUGGGUCCCAGGAAGAAAGUUCUUAAUGCCAUAAACAGAAGGAAGCAGGUGUUCCAACAGCCUGGGCAGCUGGUAGACACCAGCCUCUGAUGGAGUGUUGGGUCAAUGGGGUAAGCCUGCAGCAGUGGAGUGAUGCUGUGGCCCACUGAAGCAUUCCAGACAACAUCCCCUCUGUACCCAAUGCCAGACCACUGGGAAUGGUUUCUAGGGGAUCUAGGAGAUGCCCACCUAAGAAAGAGGCUCAAAAUCUACUCUCAGAAAUACUCUAUUCCUAUCCAAAUAAACUACCAGUGGGAAACUCAAGGAGACCUGGGAAUGAGAAAAUGGUGUUUCUCUUUAAUUAUCUUUUUGAUAUUUUUGAAUAUAUAAAGGAUUAAAUGAAUGACAGAGAAGGGAAAAAACUUUCUUUACUUCUCCAGCUCUGGGCUUAAAAUUACAACCUGUCAUCACACUAGCCUGCUGCUUGCUUUCUGAUCGUUAUAGUCUGAGGAUUCUAACUCCAGUUCUGUCUUUAAUUCUAUGAGCUCAUCUGUUGGUGGAGAUUUAAGCUCCUCCUCUGGACUGAUGUUUGAUGCCCAACUUAAAUCUGUCUAACCCUUCAACAGAUGUUUACAAGUGAUGAAAAUGGGUCUAUAAUAUUCCUGCCUGAGAAAAGAGACAGAGUGGUAGGUAGGGAGAGUGAAGGAAGAAAUAGAAUAUAGGGUACUUUUUAUGGACUGAAUUGUGUCCCCCCCAAAUUCACAUAUUGAAGCCCUAACCCCCAUGUGACUGUAUUUGGAGAUAGGACCUUUAAAAAGGUGAUUAAGGUUAAAUAAGAUCAUAAGGCUGGGGCCCUAAUCCCGUAUGGCUGGUGUCCUUAUAAGGGAUGCACAUGCACGGAGGAAAGGCCAUGUGAAGCCACAAGAAGGUGACCAUCUGCAAUGCAAGGAGAAGCCUCAGGAGAAACCAGACCUUCCAUCACCUUAAUCUUGGACUUCCAGCCUCCAGAGCUGUAGGAAAAUAAAUUUCUGUUGUUUAAGCUACUCAGUCUGUGGUAUUUUGUUAUGGCAGACCUAGCAGACUAAUAUAGCUCCUAAGCAAGAGAGUAGGGGAGCACAGAAAGAAGAACAUAGAAAAAAUAUCUGGCCUAUUUAAUGAUUUUUCUAAAGGUAAAUGCCUCCUGAAAUUUA